AUGCGGGGUAGGAAGAGGGAGGGUAAGGAUAAGGGUAAGGCAGGCAUAAGAAAAUGGAUGACGGAAUUAAAUCAUAAAAAGACGUUUAUCGGUACAAAAGCAUGCAUAGAAUCAAGGGUCAAAUUAGAAUGUGAAAAAGAACAACAGGAACAACUUUUGUUAAGCGUUAAAAGAAGCAUUAUGUUAAAAAUGGCGAAUGCGUGUCAGGAUACGACAAACAAACAAACGAGAUUUCACGAAAUGUACGUUCAAAGACACAACAACGUGACGAUACUUUAUGCGGACAUUGUUAAUUUCACGCCAUUAUCAGAACAAUUGAACGCAUCCGAUUUGGUAAAAACGUUAAACGAAUUAUUUGGAAGAUUUGAUCAAAUCGCUCAGGAUAAUCAAUGCAUGAGAAUCAAAAUAUUAGGAGAUUGUUAUUAUUGUGUGUCGGGACUUCCGGUUUCACGACCUAAUCACGCUUACAAUUGCGUCAACAUGGGAUUGAAAAUGAUCGAAGCCAUUAAGUUCGUACGAGAAGCAACCGGAUGUGACGUAGAUAUGAGAAUAGGAAUUCAUACGGGAAACGUUUUAUGUGGAGUUUUAGGAUUAAGAAAAUGGCAAUUUGACGUUUGGAGUGAUGACGUAACACUUGCUAAUUAUAUGGAAUCCGGUGGUGUUCCAGGGAGAGUUCACAUAACGAAAGCGACACUUUUACAAUUAAAUGGAAAAUUCGAAUCGGAACCUGGAUUCGGAGGAGAUCGGGAACCAUUUUUAGCCGAUCAUAAAAUAGAAACUUAUUUAAUAAUACCGCCAAAGGUGAAUAAGGACGAUACCGCCGUCGAUUUAGAAUCGAUCGAUAACAAUAAAAUCGAUAAUAAAAAUGAUGAUGAUAAUAAUAUGAAAAACAAUUUAAAAACGAGAUCAUCGUCGAAAAUGACAAAAUAUGUCGAAUGUUGGGGAGCCGAUAAACCUUUUGCAAACAUAACGGAAGCAACUUUGGCUAAAAACAUCGGAAUAACCAGUAUCAACAUGCUCGAACCCAAUCUUUUUACACCGAAAACAUCCUGGUGGAACAUAAGAAAUUUUAUCAAUUACGAAGAUUUUCAUCCGAUUUUCCUUUGGUUGAAAAAUAAAGAAUUUGAAAAAAAAUAUAGAAAUUUACCGGAUCCAUAUUUUAAAUAUUACAUGAUUUUUUCUAUCGCCUUAUUCUUAUCAAUAUCAUUCAUACAAUUUUUACUCACUAAAAGAACUUUCGUUUUUUACGGUUCCUUCGGAUCUACCGCAAUAACACUUUUAACAUUUUUAUCAUUAACAUGGUUAAAAAAUUGCAAAAAUAUUAAAUUAUCGGAAAUUCCAUCAUCGGAACCGUUAGAUUACGACACGAGUCGUUACACUACUUCUACCAGAUGGUUAAGACUCGUUAUAUUUAUGAUAACAACAAUUCUUAUCUCCACGUGUUCCGUUAUCACUCUCCUUGACUCGGAAAAUUAUUAUCCGGAAAAUAUAACGAUUUUUAAUAAUAAUAAUAAUAUUAGUUCUGAGAAUUUAUUAAAAGAUUUAAAUUGGACGAAAGAUUUACAAAUAAAUUUUAGCGAUGGCGAUGGCGAUUACGACGAAAGCAAUAAUCUCGCACCCUGUUAUCUUUUUAGUUCGACUUUAACAUUAGCAUCAAUUUCAGUUUUUUUAAAAUUGGGUUUCAUGUUAAAAUUUUCCCUAAUGGCUUUCACUUCGAUAAUACAUAUCAUCCUAUACACGAAUCAACCUUUUUUUCAUUAUUAUUAUUAUUAUCAAAAUCAAAUUGGUAACGGAUUUCAAGAACUUUCGAUUCAUUUUAAAAUAACAAUAAGUUUUUGCAUAACGAUCAUACUAAUACACAUAUUAGAUAGACAAAUUGAAUUCACAUCGAGAACAGAUUUUCUAUGGAAAGCAAAAUUAAAAGUGGAACAGGAAGAAGUUGAAACUAUGAGGGGGAUAAAUAAAAUACUUUUGGAAAAUAUACUUCCGGAACACGUGGCAGAACAUUUUUUAACAUCGAGUAGAUUGACUCAGAAUCUUUAUCACGAAAAAUAUAGUUGCAUAGCCGUCAUGUUUGCAUCGAUACCUAAUUAUAAAGAAUUUUACGACGAAAGCGACAUUAAUAAAAAAGGUUUAGAAUGUUUACGUCUUUUAAACGAAAUCAUUUGCGAUUUUGAUAAAUUAUUAUUAAAACCGAAAUUUAGUUGCAUUGAAAAAAUAAAAACAAUCGGAAGCACUUACAUGCUUGCAUCCGGAUUAAGUCCCGGAAAAGAAGCUAAUAAGGACGCAUCGAGGCAAAAAGAACACAUGGUUGUGAUUUUAUUAGAAUUUGCAAUUGCAUUGAUGACAAUUUUAGAUCAAAUAAAUAAAGAAUCGUUUCAAAGAUUUAAAUUGAGAAUCGGAUUAAAUCACGGUCCGGUUAUUGCUGGAGUCGUUGGAGCACAAAAACCGCAAUACGAUAUUUGGGGUAAUACGGUUAACGUUGCAUCGAGAAUGGAUAGUUGCGGUAUUAUGGGACGCGUACAGGUAACCGAAGACACGGCUAAAAUAUUACAAAAUGCCGGUUACGAAUGCGAAUGUAGAGGACCGACGUACGUCAAAGGAAAAGGAAUGCUGAUAACGUAUUUUGUCAAAACGCAAUUUGACGAUAAGUAA